ACAUAUAUACUAUAGCCAGCCAUGGAAAUCAAGGUUGAUUCUCUGCCAAAAUCCCGAAACGACGUCGUUAAAGAUGAGGAAGAACAAAAGCUCCCACUUCUGAAAGACGAGGCUGCACCCACGAAAACCCUAGUCCAGAAAGCCAUAAGCCAAACGUUCGAGAGCACAGCCCACUUAGCCAAACUUCUACCGACCGGGACGGUUCUGGCUUUCCAGCUCUUGGCGCCCAUUUUCACCAACCAAGGCCAGUGCGACCCGGUCAGCCGGGCAAUGACGGCGGGCCUCGUGGCCCUGUGUGGAGCGUCGUCGUUUUUGCUCUGCUUCACAGAUAGUUUCAAGGAUAAGAAUGGAGAACUCGCCUACGGCUUCGCCACGUGGCGGGGCCUGUGGAUCAUUGAUGGGUCGACCACGCUUCCGCCGGCGGAGGCUUCGAAAUAUCGUCUUCGUUUCAUCGAUUUCAUGCAUAGUUUCAUGUCGUUGCUUGUGUUUGUGGCCGUUGCUCUGUUUGAUCAGAAUGUGGUGAGUUGCUUCUAUCCAACGCCGUCGGAUGAGACGGAGGAGGUUCUGACGGCGCUGCCCGUUGCGAUUGGUGUGUUUUGCAGUAUGUUGUUUGUCGUUUUUCCGACCAAGCGCCACGGCAUCGGCUUCCCCCUUACAGUCAGUUGAUUUUUGUUUUGAUUUUCAUUGGUUGGGGGUGAUCCAUGUUCUUGUAUAUUUCAUAUUUACAAUUGUAUAUCAUCAAUUUUUAUUUUAUAAUUAAUUUAUACAUAUAUAUAUAUAUAUGUAUACAUACCGAUUUGGUGGAUUUUGUGAAAAGAAAGUGGUGAAAAAGACUUUUUUUUUUUUAGUUA